UCGCCGUCUAUCAAAAAACCACACCAUCGCCGAUUUGUUCGCAGUGUGUGAAUCACGGCAGUCUUUAAAGUUUUUCGUCCUAGCGCGGAAGUGUAGACGAAACUAAGUUCCGCGUGUGUCACUGGAAGUGCUAAAUAAGUGCACACAGCGUUUCAAACGGACUGAAAUCGAAGAUAGGGAUUUUGUGUGGCACGGCAGUGGUUUAAGCCUAGUGUGCGCUAUUGUUUACCGCGUGCAGUGCGGAUAUUGUGUAUCGGAACGAACCACCGAACAGCGGUAAAAAAUUAGCAAACAAAGAUGGAUAACGCCAAGAUCUGCGAAUUACUGCGGGCCACAAUCGAGCCCAACCAACGACUCCAGGCGGAAGAACAAUUAAAUCAGGUCCAUAAAAUCAUUGGCUUUCUGCCGAGUCUGCUGCAGGUGAUCAUGCAAAAUGAUGUGGACAACCCUGUUCGCCAGGCCGGUGCCAUCUAUCUGAAGAAUUUGAUUACCAGUAGCUGGCAGGACCGGGAAGCGGAAACCGGCAAUCCGAUUCCGUUCUCCAUUCACGAACAGGAUCGUGCGAUGAUUCGGGACACGAUCGUCGAAGCCAUCGUGCUCGCCCCGGACAUAAUUCGAGUACAGCUGUGUGUCUGUAUUAACAACAUUAUCAAGAAUGACUUCCCCGGACGGUGGACCCAGGUGGUGGACAAAAUAAGCAUUUAUCUGCAAAAUCGAGAUGUCAAUGGAUGGAACGGAGCUCUUCUGUGUAUGUAUCAGCUGGUGAAAAACUACGAGUACAAAAAAUCGGCUGAGAGAGCUCCCCUGACGGAGGCCAUGAAUUUGUUACUACCUCAGAUGUACAACCUGAUGUUGAACGUAAUCAAUGAUCCAUCCGAGCAGAGCGUUCUAAUGCAGAAACAAAUUUUGAAAAUUUACUACGCCCUCACACAAUAUGCUCUGCCGUUGGAGGUAAUCACGAAGGAAAUCUUCUCCAACUGGAUGGAAAUUUGCCGUCAGAUCCUGGACCGUCCGGCACCCGAUUCCGCUCACAUCGACGAAGACGAAAGGCCGGAGAUGCCCUGGUGGAAGGUGAAGAAAUGGGCCUCGCACAUCGUUCUCCGAAUGUUUGAACGCUACGGCAGUCCGGGGAACGUUGUCUCAAAAGACUACAACGAAUUUGCUGACUGGUUCCUGCAGACAUUCACCAGUGGACUGCUCAAUGUGCUGUUAAAAAUUUUAGAUCAGUAUCGAAACAAAAUCUACGUUUCCCCGCGGGUGAUGACCGACACGCUCAACUACAUCAAACACGCUGUCUCCCAUGCUCACUCGUGGAAAAUGUUGAAACCGCACUUCAUCGCCAUCAUCCAGGACGUCAUUUUCCCGCUGAUGUCAUACUCGGAAGCCGACGAAGAACUGUGGGAGGCCGACCCGAUCGAGUACAUUCGCCAGAAGUUCGAUGUGUUCGAUGAUUAUACCACUCCAGUUCCGGCUGCUGAGACGCUCCUGCACAAUUGCUGCAAAACACGGAAAGGUGUCCUACCUCAGGUCAUGCAGAUCAUCAUGCAAAUAAUCAAUGCGCCGAAUCUGAACGCCAAACAAAAGGAUGGUGCUCUGCAUAUGGUCGGUUCGCUAGCCGAUGUGCUGCUGAAGAAAAAGAUUUUUAAGGAACAGGUCGAAAAUUUGAUAAUGCAGUACGUGUUUCCGGAGUUCAAUAGUCCACAUGGUCACCUGCGUGCUCGAGCCUGCUGGGUUUUACACUAUUUCAGUGAAAUCAAGUUGAAAAAUCAACAAGUUUUGGCGGAAAUUAUGCGACUUACCUCGUCUGCGCUGCUGAACGACAAAGAGCUUCCCGUCAAGGUGGAAGCGGCGGUUGCCUUACAAAUGUUCCUCAUUUCACAGGACAACGCGUCCAAGUACUUGGAAAAUCAGAUCAAGGAAGUAACCAUGGAACUGCUGAAGAUAAUCCGCGAAACCGAGAACGAAGAUCUAACCAACGUGCUGCAGAAAAUUGUGUGCACCUACUCGGAUCAGUUGCUUCCGAUUGCGGUUGAUAUCUGUCAACAUUUGGCCACCACGUUCAGUCAGGUGCUGGAGGCGGAUGAAAAUUCCGACGAGCGGGCAAUCACGGCUAUGGGGCUGCUGAACACGAUGGAAACGCUUCUGAGCGUAAUGGAAGAACACCCGCAAGUGAUGCUGUCGCUGCACCCGAUCGUCCUGCAAGUCGUCGGUCACGUCCUGCAGCACAACGUGAACGAAUUCUACGAGGAAGCCUUUUCACUGGUGUACGAUCUGACCUCCAAAUCGAUAUCGCCCGACAUGUGGAAGUUACUUGAGAUUAUCUAUCAGCUAUUCCAGAAGGAUGGAAUCGACUACUUCGUAGACAUGAUGCCAGCCCUACACAAUUACAUAACUGUCGAUACACCUGCAUUUUUGUCGAAUCAGAAUCACGUCCUCGCCAUGUUCAAUAUGUGCAAAACGAUAUUGACAGGCAACACCACGGAGGAGGCAGAAUGCAGUGCCGCUAAGCUGCUCGAGGUCAUCAUCCUUCAAUGCAAAGGUCGUAUCGAUGAGUGCAUUCCGAGCUUCGUUGAAAUGGCACUCACUCGGCUGACACGAGAAGUUAAAACAUCCGAACUCCGGACAAUGUGUUUGCAGGUCGUCAUAGCCGCUCUUUACUACAACCCGCAACUGUUACUGCAAGUUCUUGAAAAAAUCCCUCUUCCGGUCAGUAACGAAUCGAUUGCAUCGCACUUUAUCAAACAAUGGAUACACGAUUCCGAUUGUUUCCUAGGAAUUCACGAUCGUAAACUGUGUGUGAUUGGACUGUGCACGUUGAUUUCGCUCGGAGACGGCAAACCGGCGGUGUUGAGUGACCUGAGUGAAAUGAUCAUUCCGACGCUGAUACUGAUAUUCGACGGGCUGAAACGUGCGUACGCGGCCCGUGCGGCCGAGGGCGAAGAGGAAGAAAGUGAGGACGACGAUGACGACCUGGAGGACGGCAUUUCCAGUGACGAAGACGAAGUAGACGAAAUGGGACCGUCGUAUUUCGAGCGAGUGGCCAAAAUGGCUCAGGAUAAAGCCACCGAGCAGGGUUUCGAGUUGAGCGCCACAAUUAAGGAUGCUGAUUCGGACGAUGAAGACGACGACGAUGAUGAUGACGACUCUGGUGACGAAAUGGAUGAAACGGCACUAGAAGGAUUCACCACUCCGCUAGACGACGAUGAUAACCCAGAGUGUGUGGAUGAAUAUAUCGCAUUUCAGGAAGUGAUGACCAAUUUACCCAAUGCCGAUCCAAACUGGUACAACAUGCUUACCAGAAACCUGAAACCGGACGAAGCGAAAGCAUUGCAAGAAAUUCUCGUACUUGCCGAACAGAAGAAGGCGGCAAAACGUUCCAAGGAGAUUGAAAACAGUGGAGGAUACCAAUUCACGCAGCAUCAGAUUCCAAGUUCGUUCAACUUUAGCGGUCAAUAGUAAAAAAGCAAACCGAACAGCGCAGCGACAAGAGAAACGAAUCUUUUUUUUUUAAACGAAAAGAGGUUGAAACUAUAAAACUGUACAUUAGGUCGAUACACAAUUUUAGGGAAAAAAGCAGAAGAAAGUAUAAUCGCUAGGUUUACUAGGAACAUAUUGUAUUUUUGUCUUUAAAGAAGAACAAGAACAAAAAAACCAUCACUACAUUGGUUAGAAAAUUAUAACACAUAACAAAUUUGCAGAAAAAAAAGGGGAACCGGAUAGCGGAACCGAGCUGAAGGUUGACAUGCGUUGUUAAACAAAAAGAGAAAAAAAAGGAAAGUGUCGUUUUAUUGCGUCAACACAUCAACUAAAAAUGCAAGAAAUAGUUAUGCAAACUUUUGAGGAAAAAGAAAAAAAUCAAAUCGCUUCGGAAGCACAUGUUGACACAUGUUUUGUUUUGUUCUUAUGUGUUAUGACUGUUCGAGUUGUGUUGAGCCAAACAAAAAAAAAUAGCAUCGGAAUGGAUAAGUGUAAUAACCAAGCAUGUGCAUGAAUUCAGGGAUAAGCUUGCAUUAGGCAGCACACACACACACACUUUUUGACGCAAGGCAUUGAAUAUGUAUUUAUUUGAAAGUUUACACACCGAAACCGACCAAAACGACCGAGCACCCCCGGUUCGUCGAACGGAACCUUUCAUUCGGAAACAUUCAAAAUUCUAAUUGUAUUCUACGUACGUUCGGUACCUGUGUCUCUGUACCAGUGGAAAGGAUUUUUUUUUCCCCUUUCAAUCAGUGAAAUCUUCAAAUUAACCCAGUCUAAUUUAUUACAACACCUGAUUCGACCAGAUAAAAAAAAUGUCUUGUUUUAUUACUAUAAGAGAUAUCGCCUUGUCUUUCCCUGAAAGAAAUUACGAAACGAUCGUACUGCCGAAGGACACCCGAAAGUAUAAGGUAAGGCCACAUUUAAAUCUAGCCAUAGUAUAUUAGGCAUCAAUUUAUUUUGUCAAGACGUAACUGUGUGGCAGAGACGUACCUAGGACAAUUUGCGCCCGAGGUUGAAUAUGAUUCGCCACCCCAUCGUGGGAAGGAUAGCUGCUUUUGUCCAAGAUUUUCGAUUUUUUUAUAGUAGUAAUUAGAGUGCCUAUAACCAGAGUGACGACAGCUGUUCGUUUGGAAUGACAGUUUCCAGUUCCAAACAAGCAAACGACCUGUCAAUCACAAUCACCUCGAUUCUGUAUUUCGAUCGAAUGCGAAAUUUUGCAUUCUGUUGCUCGAUCGAAGUCGAGUUUUCCAUACAAAAGCAUCACUCGAUCGAAUUACAGAAUGCAAUUUUUUACAUUCGUUCGAAUAAAUCCGACUCGAUCGAAAUACAGAAUAGGGGUGAAUGUAAAGCUUACGACACUGGAUUAAAUGUUUCGAAUCUCGACCAUUGCGACCGGAACACGUCACUACCCUAAUGAUAAUACCCUAGUUUUAAGUUAGUCGUUAAUCAAGAUUAGAAAAUACCCUCGGCAUCUUAGAGCUUUAGCAGUGUGCCUUUAAAUAUAUUAUUAUUGAAUAAAAAAAAUAAAUGUUUCGAAUUGUUGCCAACAUCA